AUGGAGAGCACACAGCCAUCCGCUGACGCGGAUGAAAAUAUGCGCCUGGCGAUAGAACGAUUCCGCACCAAGAUGGAGGCCUCCAAUUGGCAAUUCCUUCAAGACCGAAUAGAUGAGAUUGAAUCUAUGGAUCUCUCUACUGAAGAGAAACUGAAGAAGAUGAACAUCUGGACGUGGAUUAUGACACCCAAGUGCGCGGAUCCUGAGAAGCCUACCGUUUCCCCAGAAACUACCUGUCAGUCUCAUCAGAGAACUGCCACCCAGUUAAUUGAUCUCAAAUCGCUAUCCCACGAGAACAUGGAUGGUGUCAUCCCGCCGAAGUUAUGGACAGAUGAGUGGCGCCAGGUGUAUUUGGACACUAUUCAAACUGUGUGUAAUGAGGUGGCCUUUCGAAUUGACGAUGACACCGAGUUUGAAGUCCCGCCCUGCCACGACCUGGCUCUCUUUCUCAAGUACGCUAGUGGGAUCGUGGAUGCGGACUUUCGCUAUGAUGGCAUGGCCCCUUUUGAACCACCUGGAAUCUAUAUGGCAUCGAUCUCUGAUAUUUCCAAAGCCCGAGAAGAUCUGGUAGAAGGUCUGCAUCACUACUAUAUUUGCGACGAAGACUUCGUGGACGCCUAUACACAUGAUGACUUGGAAGUACGAGUUGGCUUCCAAACCGGGACUGGUGUUCGUUAUAAAAUGGGCGGGCAUAGUACAUGGUACAGCAUGUAUCUCUACUGUCGACGGUGGGUGGAAGACUCUGAUCCGAGUCACAAGGACUGGGCGUGGAGAGUGGUCAUCUCUCCUGCCGAAGUUUUUGAGAACUCCACGAUCGUUUACGGGCAGAGGACAAGAUUCGACUCCAUCGUCGAUUUUCUGGACUGGUACAGUAGCUGGCUGGAAUAUGUAGACAUGGAUGAGGUUCGGGCAAAUCUAAUUCAGAAUGAUCUCAUUGAGGAGGAUGAGGAGGAGGAAUAG